AUGGAUGGUCGAUUGGACAAGAGAAAAUCCGAUCAGCUUUUCAACGUGCAAAAACUCGAUUCAUCAGUUUACACAAUAUUUGUCCCACCUAGAUGUCCUCUUGAUAUCAUCAUGCUUUGGGGUGUAAAUAAUUCAACAUCGGCUUCAACUGAGUUUUGUCGUGGGGUUAAAAUCCGAAAUUCUCAACGUUACGCAAAUCCAAUUGACUUGAGUUUUGAUGUAGGAAAAUACUCGCUUCACGAACAAAUUUAUUGCGACAGUUUUCCUGUUGAAUAUCUUGUGGAAGUGGGAAAAGGAAGCUUG